AUGGUUAUUUCUGCGAGAAUCUGUCUUAUCGCUAUUGCAUCCCAAUUAAGUAUCAUCUCUGCUGAGAUGACAAUGCAAAUGGUGGCUUAUAAGGCAAUCCGAACACCGUGCUGCAUGGACACAUUGAUGCCUUCGGUUUGUAAAGGUCUUUACAACCGAGAUCACGAAAAAUUUGCAAAGUCCUGUAGGACUAAUCCUGAUUUUUCCUUUAUUCAAUGCUGUCAUUCUUGCCAUUUCAAUAUGGAUAUGUUCACCAGUGAAUCAAUUCCGGUGCCGAAUGACCUAUAUCAAAAAGACGUUGAAGAAUUGCUUCUUCAAUCUUCACCACGACACUGCUUCGACCGACACGGCACUGCAUUUUGUGAAGCUUUUGUCACUAGAAGCGGAUUCUGGGGACGUAAGUCAUUGUCUUGCCAGAACUCGGUGUUUGCAUUUCGGGUAUGUCGCAAGACUUGUGGAUAUUGUUCAACGCCUCAAAAACCAGCUACUGUUCGCUAUAAUUCUGAUCACGCGAAAAACCCGAAAACUUGCGAAAAACUCUUCUAA